AUGGUGAGCGAGGCCGGCGGGUGGGGCGGGCGCGCGUUGUGGCGAGCUGGAUGCGGCACGGAGGGAGCAGGGCGGAGCUGCGGCGGGCCAGGCGAGAUGCGGGGCGGUGGCUCGCCGUGCUGCGCGCGGGCAAGCGGAGGCGUGGCGGGCGCUGUUGGAGGCGGCUUGGCGGCGUGUGUUGGGCCAGGGAGCGGCCCAGCGGCGGGCAGGCGCGUGCGGGCGUGCGGCCUGGGCGGUGUUGGCGUGAGGCCGGAGCGGGUCGAUGCGUGGUGGGGCCCUACAGCGGAUCAAGGUGAGGUGGGCGGGCGGCCAGCUGCAGGUCGCGAGGGCGACGGCCGGGCCGAGCGCGUGCAGCGGCAGCUGGGCGCGAGGAGGCCGGCGGCUGUGCGCUGCGAGGUGGCCAGGCGGCGUGGGCGCGGAGGCCUGGGCGUGGGCGCGGGGAGUGGCGGCGGGAUGGGCCAGGCGGAGAAGUCAACGGGAGGUCGGCCGCGAGCUUGA